UCAGCUAGCCUAGCCUGUAAGUACUAUGUCAGUAGUGCUAAGAUUACAGGUUUGAUUCACAGACAUUGUGGAAAUGUUCCCUUCAUUGUGGGUUUAGCCUCUGUUUGGAUAGCUUUCAUUUUUUUAGCUGAGCUCUUCUCCGGCUGUUCACGGUUAGUGGGUUGUUUGUUUUCUGGUAUCUAAGGGGUGGAGUGAACAGGACUUCCCUCACUUCUCCCCUUCUCUCUGCCCCCUGCUUCUUUUUGGUGCAGGACAGUUUUUUUUCUGCAUCCCUGCUUACGUCUGGCUGCCGGAGCACAGAGAGUUCCGCAUUCCCGAGUCCUCCCAGCCAGGGAUCAGUGUAUAAACGUGCUGAUGCAACGCUUUCCCCUGUUCAAAAUCUACUCGAGACCCCCAGCUGACCUGAAGAAGGCACAUCAAGGAAACGCGGGAUCUAAGUCAGCUGUGGUGAAGGGCGUGUAUGCCAUGAUGCCCGGACAGAUCCCUGACCCUUCGGUGACGGCAGGCUCUUUACCCAGCCUGGGCCCGCUGGCUGGGAUCUCUGCCACGACGCUCACGGACCAGUUAAAAUACGCCGACCUGUGCAGUCUAGGAGCCAUGCUGUCUCCGCUGCACCUCCUGGGCAAGCUGAGCAAGCACCAUCUUCCUAUUAAAGCUGAGAAAGAUGAGGAGGAGGAGAGGAGGAAGAGAAGGCGAGAAAAAAACAAAGUGGCAGCAGCACGAUGUCGAAACAAAAAGAAAGAGCGAACAGAAUAUCUACAAAGGGAGUCCGAGAGGUUGGAGAUGAUGAACUCUGAGCUGAAAGCGCAAAUCGAGGAGCUGAAGCACGAGCGCCAGCAGCUUAUCCUCAUGCUUAACCGUCACCGGCCGACGUGCAUCGUGAGGACAGACAGCGUGAAAACCCCCGAGAGCGAGGCUAACCCACUCCUGGAACAGCUAGAGUCCAAAUGAGGAAAAGUGCAGAGACUCAGAGUGGUGCUUUUCCACACUUACUGUUUACAGGUUAGCUUCCAUACAGCUAGCUAGAAGCACUUAGCUCUAAACUCUUGGACAUUUAAGGUUGAAUGAGUGAAGCACUCCAACCCAUAUGCUUGGAGUUUUUGAGCCUUGUGGAACCCUUGUCUCACCCACGCAUACAUGUCCCAAUCAGAUUGGGCGAUGUGCUGACGGUUACAAGUUUUUAGUACUUUUUUUUUUUCCUUCUUCUUCUUCCUCCUGUUUGAGGUAAUUCUGUGCCUCGAGUUUUUAUCUUAAUGCAGCCAGGCUAACAAGACAGUUUGUAACAGAUAGCAAAAACAAAAUGCACUUCCUCAAGGUAUCAUGUGAGAUCAGUGUUUUGGUCAUGAUUUGCCUCAUGAAAUUGCUUUUUCUUUCAUUCUUUCUUUCUUUCUUUUUUUAAGACGCAGGCGUCAUGUAUGCACAUAUACAGUAUAUGGACUGUUUACAUCUUGUUCUUAUAGUUACCUACAAUUUAUAUAUAUAUAUUUUUUCUGAUUUUUUAUACUUCAUGUACAUUACAUUAUAUGGACUGUUAUCACUAGAUGUGAUACAUUUUUAUAUUACUGCUAUAUAACAGAUAGUUAUAUAACCCCUUUUUCUGUGACUUACUCAUUAUGUUUAAUGGCUGUGAAGAAAUGCAAACAAUAUACACUAUGUAUUUGGGGAGUAUAUUCUACAGUCCUUAAUUAUUAAAUCAGUUCCUCUUCAACUGUUUGAUACCUUCUGUGCAGUUUAAAUUGUUCAACCAUGUUUUUUGUUUAAUUUUUUUUUCCUUCAAAAUAUGGUUCAGCAUAUUCUGAUAUUAUUAUGGAUGAACUAAAAAGCUAUACCAGUUGAUGGCCACUUGUACCCUUAACAAGAAACCAAGUAUUAAGUAGCUAUGGAGAGUUCAGCUUUGAGUUGAAAGCAUCAGCUGAAGGAUAUUGCUAAUUUCCCAGAAUCUCAAAUGUAAUGUAAUUAAAAAAACUAAAACUAAUUUAUUCUGAGAGUUUCUGAUGCAUUUGCACAAAUCAUACAUGGAUGAAGACUGUGCAUUUGACUAUGUGGCAAAGGUAAUUAUAUUUAUGCCAUGAUUCUGGUGCAGUUCUAACAGCAUCAUGGGAGUGUUGACCACAGUAAGAGAUGGUAUGGAAACAGAAAUGAUGCACAACUGAACUCAAGGCUGAACUGAGGAAUGUACGAGAUGCAAGAAUCCAUCUGAAAAGAAUUGUUCAUUACGGAUUAAGCUGGCAUGUGUAACUGCUUUGUACUUAACUUUAGCUCUUGUCUACUUCAUUACCACAGUGGGCCAUGCAAAAUAUCAACCUGCUUUUACUGCCACAACCGCACAGCUGGUGAGUGUGUUCCAGAGCAUGCAGAAGAACGUCUACAUGGUCAUCAUACAAAGAACACUACAGAUAUGGAAAUGAAUGAACUCCUCUGCACAUUUAGAACAAAGAGUUCCUCACGGUGCUUAAUGUCUCAAGCUUUCUAAAUAAGUUCUUCUUGCAACCUUGCCAUACUGUAAUAUAAUUUAAAUGUCAUCGUUACUCUCAGUGUUGUUAUCUGUUCAAUGAUAAUUGUCUGUUAAUCUGAUAAUCUGUCCCUUGGGAACAUCUAGUGGUUCACAUACUGUCUGCAUUUGUGGUCAUUGUGAGUCAUUCCUCCUUUGACUAUGAAAACAAGUUAAAUAUUGCAACAAUACUAAACAUCAUUGCAACCACAUGAUUUUGUUCAAAGGAAACGAUUGACUGAUGCAGAUCGAUUUACAGAAAAAUGUGUUCACAUGUAAACAGAGGAGCUGUGACAGGACGUGAUCAUGAUUCUCGAAAGCCUACUAGUUUCUAAAGAAUCCUCCUCUGCAGUGGCCAAAAGUUACAUCUCUUCAUGACUCACUCCCAGAAGAUUGUGUGUUUAAAAUCUAGGAGAGCCACUGUUGCACCAUCAGCUGUUUUCACUAAGGAUUAAAGCACGACAGGACGUGCUGUUCUAAGAAAACGAUCAGUGACAGGUUGGGGUGAUCUGGCCCAAUAUGAUGCAAUGUACCUUCUUGAAGUUGAUUAUUUUCCUAUAACAGCACGUCCUGGUGUGUUUUAUUCCUCUUAUAUCACAGCGGCUUGCUCACAAUGACAUUUUUUCAUUAAUUAAAGAACAACACGUCAGUUUUUUUUAUGCGUUCAUGUUUAUAUUUAUUGUUGUGUAAAGCUAGUUACUGUUAUCAUUUACAUGACUGGAACUUCAAAGAGUUGUUCCCACACCUUAUUUUUUCUCUCCUUCCUGAAGUUCAUAAGAUAAAAAAAAAAUGCAGUUUGACUGUUACAAAUUGCUCACUCCUGCGCCUCCUUCCAUACAUGUUUAUUAAGCAUGUCCUUACAGAAGGUUUCACUAUUGCAACAAUUAUAAUUCUUCCUUGUUAAAUGACAAUACAUUUUUCAGUCCACGUAUUAGACUUUUUUAUUAGAUUGGCUAAUUUGAUUCUUAGAAUAUGCACAUUAAUAUAAACCUGUGAUUUGCCUUACAGCGGGCACUAUUGUCAGAACUCUUGUUAUAGAAAAUUAAUCAACACCUUCUGCCCUUUUAAUUGAUUGAGUACUUCUGCUUGAAAUGACCCAGCAAAAUGAAACGAAAUCCACUCUUUAGGCUCCAGCUGGAUCAUAAACGUGUUCAUAUGAUAUGAUAUCUGAUUUAUUGGGCUGUCACCGAGGGACAGCGAAUGAUUCAUUUAACCAGACUAACAGAAAAGUGCACUUUGGCCUUCUGCAUGUAACAAGUUCUGUCAGGCAAGAAUGAGGAACAAGCAUAUAUAGAAUCCAUG